AUGGAUGAUCGAGGGCAUACAGGCGAACUCAAGGUCGCCAUCAUCGGUGCAGGCUUUUCAGGCCUGUCUGUGGCACACUACAUCCGCAAAUAUCUCGGGCUGCAAUCAUUUGUGAUUUACGAGAAGUCUGAAUUUACCAACGGGGGAGCCGGGACCUGGAAGGACAACACGUAUCCUGGCUGCGCCUGCGAUGUGCCGAUUCACCUGUACCAGUUGAGUUGGGCGCGACAGGCCGACUGGACCGAAUACCUUCCGCUCCAACCUGAAAUCCAAGAAUAUCUCAACAAAACUGCAAAAGACCACGGCUUUGUGCGCCACAUUCAGUUUGGCACAGAGCUGUUGGAAGCACGAUGGAUCGAUGCGGAGAGUGUGUGGGAGCUCAAGCUUCGAAAUGUCCUUGCACGGGAUCCCGAAAAUGCUGUAUACAGCGUUAAGCACAAUGUCCUGAUUAUGUGCACUGGACCUUUAUCUCAGCCCAAACUCCCUGCCAACGUCAAUGUGGAAACAUACCAAGGUGAACAAUUUCACUCGCAGCAAUGGAGGUCCGACAUAUCACUUGAGAACAAGCGGGUGGCAGUCGUUGGCAAUGGGUGUUCAGCGACGCAAUUCAUGCCCAUCAUCGCGCGGAGGACGAAACAACUGACUCAAUACGUUUCGUCCCCUCAGUGGUAUGUUCCUAGGGACAACCCGCUCUACAGUGAUUCUGCAAGAUUCUUCUUCAGACAUGUUCCUGGUUUAGAGUACUUGUAUCGCCUCAGUCUCGCAUACGCCUGGGAGAAAGAGGCGUACAAGCUGAAGGCUGGAGACGGGCCGGCAAAAGUGAGAUCCACGGUCGAAGGAUUUCUUCUACAGUAUAUGAAAGCCACAGCUCCAGCGAAAUAUCAUGAAAAUCUCACUCCAAAGUAUCCGCUUGGCUGCAAGCGGCUCGUCUUCGACUCCAACUAUUUUGCCGGCCUGCACGCGGACAAUGUUGACUUGGCUUUCACUCGAGUCAGUGGGCUACAUGAGAAUGGCAUAAUUGGCCAGGAUGGUUCAAAGAGAGACUUCGAUGUGAUUAUCUGGGCGACAGGCUUCACCGCAACAAUGCCCUUCCAAUCUUCGAAAAUCUAUUCACGUGGAGGAAAGGAGAUUCACAGUCUAUGGGAAAAGCGAGGUGCGCCAUCCGCCUACAAAGGGAUGAUGUAUCCAGAUUUUCCCAACUUCUUCAUGACAACUGGGCCAAACACCCUGUCGGGUCAUUAUUCAGUGACCACUAUCAUAGAAAUCCAAGCCCAGUAUAUUGCACAAGUUCUGAAAUCUCAGCUGGACAAUCAUGUCAAAUCCUUUGAGGUCACCAAAGGAGCACAUGAUGAGUACAAUCAAUGGAUUCGAGAUAGGAUGAAGGGUCGUGUUUGGACCAGCAGCCUUUGCAAUUCGUGGUUCAAGACUAAGGACGGUUUAAUUCCCACCAACUUUCCAGGAACUACCACAACGUACUGGAAAAAGACAUUUUAUCCUAAUUUCCACCAUUUCCGUCAGGUGGGAGGCACAAAAACUGUCCACGGCACGAGCAUUCAAAAGGAGGUUAUCAAAAUGGUGCUUAAGACAGUUGUCAUCCUGUCGCUCUUGUGCUAUCUGGGCAAGAGACGAAGUUCCAUCCAAGCCUACACCGGUCUCGGCCUUCAGCAACUACAAAGCUUCUUACAAGAUAGUCUCAGCACUGUCAAGAGUGUCCUUGUCCACAUUUCCUGA